AUGGACAUGCCGUGGGGACCCGACGACAGCUUUGCCAGAAGAUCUCCAGCUCGUUCUCGCCCAGAUUCGAGGCCACCUCUUACACGCAAGCAUUCGUCGUCUGGAGAGCACGCUCUCUGGAUCGGCAACAUUCCUUUGCAGGCAACUAUCCUUACUCUGAGGGAUCAUUUCUAUCAAGUCGCCGGCAGCGACCUUGUCAGCAUCAUCUAUAAUCCAGAGGCGAGAUAUGCCUUCGCCAACUUCAAUACCAAAGCUUCACGCCUGAAAGUCAUUGAGCUUGCUGCAUCCACCCUGUUCCACGAGAAAUGUCUCGAUUGCCGCAUCCGCUCGGACCAAGGAAGACGCUCCAUCAAGGUCAGCUACGGGCAUGACGAGCAGGGCGGCCGCAAGCUAUCCAUCCACCAGCCCGUGGAACUUGAGAAAAAGAUCGAAGAGUUGGCCCGAUUCCCCGAGGCCGACCCGUCUCAGUCGGGAAAGGACAAGUAUUUCAUCAUCAAAAGCCGUUCCAUCGAGGCAAUGCAUCAGAGUCUCCAGAUGAAUCAAUGGCACAUUCCGUCUCGCCAUGUCUAUCGCAUCAACAACGCCGUGCAGACCGCACGGAAAGUGUACUUGAUCUUCUCCGUAAAUGGUUCCGGUCAAUUUUUUGGCUACGCGCUCCUGACCUCCGCUAUUGUCUAUGAUGAGAUGGACAACCCGACAAACGAUCGAGAAUUACAUUUCCCUCUAUCUGCAGAGGACGAAAGUCAGGCCCAAAAUGCCAUUGGUAACAUUGCACCAGCGUCCACCGGUCAGACCCUUAGCACAACCGUUAAAUCGAGAAGUCCCAGUGAUGCUUCAUCGAAAUCUUUGCCGGCCCCUCUCCUUAACCCAGGCAUAAUCCGAUACAAGCCAAGCAGACGGCAGAUCGUCUGGGAGGCUUCAUCGUGCGACCACCGGGACAGCACCGCAUCGGAUAGCGAGUCUAGCUCGGCCUCCAGAUCCCUUUCAAGUCUGCAGGAUAGACGCAGCGCGAGUCCACCAGACAUGUCGCCGAAUGUAAAACAAAAUCCGCCGUUCUGUGGCGAAAACUCCCCACCCACCUCGACGCGAUCUCCUCCGUCCACUGGUAUUAGAGGUGAAGUCUUGUCAAAUUCUGAUGAUGAUACUACCGUCAUGAGAGCAGUCCAACAGUCCGGCCACCCAUGUCGAAUCAAGUGGCUCGCCGCCGAUUCCCUGUCUUUCGACAAGGUUUGCGGCAUCAGGAACAAGUGGAAUGACAAUAAGCCGAUUUAUGUGGCCAGAAACGUCACCCCAGUCCAUCCAGAUGCCGCAACGGCACUGCUGGACAUUUGGAGGUCCUCGGCGAUUCUGAAGAGGAUGGAAAGACCCAGAGAGGCCAGCGCGAGAGCCUGGGGAAAUAUCAGGCGUUGA